AUGGCGGCUCAGCUUCUGAACAGCCUCGGCCGGAUCGGCCUCGGCCUGGCCGUAGGUGCAAGUGUGAUCAACACUGCGCUCUACAACGUCGACGGUGGCUCUCGAGCUGUCAUUUUCGACCGCUUCACCGGCAUCAAGAACACCGUCGUCGGCGAGGGCACCCACUUCCUCAUUCCCUGGGUACAGCGGGCCAUCAUCUACGACAUUCGCUCUCGGCCGCGCAAUGUCUCUGUCAUCACCGGCAGCAAAGAUCUGCAAAAUGUCAACAUCACGUUGCGAAUUCUCUUUCGGCCGAUUCCCUCUGAGCUGCCCAAGCUGUACAGUAGCCUUGGCGAGGACUACGAUGAGCGUGUCCUUCCCUCCAUUACCAAUGAAAUCCUGAAGGCUGUUGUUGCUCAAUUCGAUGCUGGUGAGCUGAUUACUCAGCGUGAGGUAGUCUCUCUGAAGGUCAGCGAAGAGCUGACGGAACGAGCCGCCCAGUUUGGCCUGGUUCUCGAUGACAUCUCUCUGACCCAUCUGACCUUUGGCCGAGAGUUUACCGCCGCCGUCGAGUUGAAGCAGGUCGCCCAGCAGGAGGCGGAGCGCUCCCGUUUCCUCGUGGAGAAGGCCGAGCAGGUGAAGAAGGCGGCAGUCAUUAGCGCCGAGGGUGACUCGCAGGCGGCCUCGCUGCUGGCGAAGGCCUUCGGCGACUGCGGCGAGGCGCUGGUGGAGCUGCGUCGACUGGAGGCCGCCGAGGACAUUGCCCAGCUGCUGUCCAAGUCGCGCAACGUCAACUACCUGCCGCCGGGACAGCAGACGCUGCUCAGUUUGCCGCCCAUGUAA